AUGACCUGUGGAUCUCACUGCGGCCGCGCCUUCAGCUGCGCCUCGGCCUGCGGGCCCCGGCCCGGCCGCUGCUGCAUCACCGCCGCCCCCUACCGCGGCGUCUCCUGCUACCGCGGCCUCCCCGGGGGCUUCGGCAGCCGCAGCAUCUGCGGGGGCUUCCGCUCCGGCUCCUGCGGACGCACCUUCGGCUACCGCGCCGGCGGCGUGUGCGGGCCCGUCCCGCCCUGCAUCACCAGCGUGUCGGUCAACGAGAGCCUGCUGACGCCCCUCAACCUGGAGAUCGACCCCAACGCGCAGUGCGUGAAGCACGAGGAGAAGGAGCAGAUCAAGUGCCUCAACAGCAGGUUCGCGGCCUUCAUCGACAAGGUGCGCUUCCUGGAACAACAGAACAAGCUGCUGGAGACCAAGUGGCAGUUCUACCAGAACCGCAGGUGCUGUGAGAGCAACCUGGAGCCCCUGUUCAACGGCUACAUUGAGACGCUGAGGCGGGAGGCCGAGUGCGUGGAGGCCGACAGCGGGCGGCUGGCCUCAGAGCUCAACCACGUGCAGGACGUGCUGGAGGGCUACAAGAAGAAGUACGAGGAGGAAGUUUCUCUGAGAGCUACAGCCGAGAAUGAAUUUGUGGCUCUGAAGAAGGACGUGGACUGCGCCUACCUCCGCAAGUCAGACCUGGAGGCCAACUCUGAGGCCCUGACCCAGGAGAUCGACUUCCUGCGGCAACUGUAUGAGGAGGAGAUCCGGGUCCUCCACGCCCACAUCUCAGACACCUCCGUGGUGGUAAAGAUGGACAACAGCCGGGAUCUGAACAUGGACUGUGUCAUCGCCGAGAUCAAGGCUCAGUAUGACGACAUCGCCAGCCGCAGCCGGGCCGAGGCCGAGUCCUGGUACCGCAGCAAGUGCGAGGAGAUGAAGGCCACAGUGAUCCGGCACGGGGAGACCCUGCGCCGCACCAAGGAGGAGAUCAACGAGCUGAACCGCAUGAUCCAGAGGCUGACUGCUGAGGUGGAGAAUGCCAAGUGCCAGAAUUCCAAGCUGGAGGCUGCAGUGACCCAGUCUGAGCAGCAGGGCGAGGCGGCCCUCAACGACGCCCGCUGCAAGCUGGUCGGGCUGGAGGAGGCCCUGCAGAAGGCCAAGCAGGACAUGGCCUGCCUGCUGAAGGAGUACCAGGAGGUGAUGAACUCCAAGCUGGGCCUGGACAUCGAGAUCGCCACCUACCGGCGCCUGCUGGAGGGCGAGGAGCACAGGCUGUGUGAGGGCGUUGGCGCUGUGAAUGUCUGCGUCAGCAGCUCCCGCGGUGGCGUCGUCUGUGGCAAUCUCUGUGCCUCCAGCACUGCCCCUGUUGCCACCCCAGGCCUCAUCAGCAGCCCCAGCAACACCAACGUGGUGGUGGGCACCCCCAACGCCUGCGCCCCCUGCGCUGGGGUCGGUGUUGGCUGUAAGAGAUGCUAG